AUGGAAGGAAAGGUGCGUUACAGGAUUCGGGAAGCGAUCGACUCCCGGCCCAGUAGUGAUUUUGGAAACCAACCGAGUGGACCCCGUAAAAUCUUCACUCAGCCACGAAGCAGUCUCACCCAACGCUUAAUCGUGACCACCGGCACAAUAUUUAAUUCAAACAUUUCUAAAACCAAGGAGUCUGAGGCUUCUCAAAAGGUACAUUCACAGCCUCAACAGAAACUUUGCGCUCUCGGGAGUGGUCAGCCCCUCGCAGCUGAGCAGGUUAGAACUUUGAGUAAGCGGGGCGAGAUGGCCCAAGUGGUCCGUGGUUCGAAUCCGAUCUCCGCCACUCGACUUCCCCUGUCUAGGCUUGGGCAACCUGGCAGUAUCCCAGCCCUCAUGCUACCUUCGGGUGGCAUGGCAGCUAGGCACCGGAAGGGUGCUACAGCUGAACGCUUUAAGCGGUACCUCAAAUAA